UAAUCAAUUUUUUCUUUAUUUUUGUUUUGAGAAUUAUCCUGAGAUUUUUUUUACAUAAAAUUCAUUCAAUCAUGAAUUAUUUAAAUCAACCAUUACAAUCACUUAAACCGAUUAAGUAUUCAUAUACUAGAUUUUCUCCAACAAAAGUAGAAUCAAAACCAUUUCCACGAUUUGGAAAUUCUUUAGAUUCUUUUUUAUAUGAAUUUGUUUAUUGCCCAGCUAUUCAUUAUCAAUUAAGUCGAGAAUAUUUAUGGUCAUAUAAAUCGACUGAUCAAGUACGAAAAAUUUUUGUACCAAUUAAUGAAGAUGGUUGUCUCCAACCAUUUGUUCAAUUUUCUCCAUCCGAUGAUGGACGACGAAAAUUGACCUCCGUUGAACUAUUAAAACGUUCAAUUAAUGAAGAAUGGCGUGAAUUGAAUCAGGAAAUUUGGAAAUUUGUCAAUGGUUAUAAUGAUUAUUCGAUGGGUCAAAAACCAUGCAAAAUUGCUCGAUUCAAUAGCACCGGAAGUCAUUGUGAUUUUGGUGCUGAUUCAACAUUACCAUUUUAUUCGUCAAUUUUACCUAAAUUUGAAAAUCAAAACUCUAAUUUUGCCAUUGAUUCACUUGAUAAUGAUGUUUUUUAUAAUUCAUCAUCAACCAUGAAUUCAUUGAAUAAUGAAUCAUUUGAAAAUUUUUCUUCAUCAUUUGAUUUAUCCGCAAACAAUCAUAUGGCUAAUUUUAACGAUAUAUCGGAUAUUUCAUCCCGAUGCGCUACACCAUCGUCUGGUUUAUGUUCUAAUUUUUCCGUUUUUUCUAGCUCACCUAAAUCAAGUACAUCACUUUUGAAUGAAAAUUUGAAACAAUCAAAUAGUCAAGAUGCCCCUAACCAAUCGGCUAUGAAUUCGGCUUGGAAAAUAAAAAAUUUCCAAAUCAAUACAUUGCCUGUAAAUAAUUUGGAAACACUGAAACCAAAACGUCUUCAUGUCAGCAAUAUUCCAUUCCGUUAUCGUGAUACCGAUCUUCAACAAUUAUUUGAGCAAUACGGUCACAUUUUGAACACUGAAGUGAUUUUCAAUGAUCGAGGCUCAAAAGGAUUUGGCUUUGUUACAUUUGCUAAUGGUAUUAGCGCCGAUACUGCACGUGAUUGUCUAAAUGGUCAGAUCAUUGAUGGCCGUAAAAUAGAGGUUAAUAAUGCAACAACACGAUCAUCAAAGAAAGUCAAUCAAUAUGUUUAUGAAUCAUCGAGCCAAAUCGAUAUCAACAACAACAACAUUGAUGAUGCCAAAUUAAUCCAAAACCAUAAAAAUUCUUCACUCACAUUGUCAUCAUCAUCAUCAGACGUUAAUUCGAAAGGAACGGAUAGCCAUAAUCCCUUUAAAUAUAAAUGGAAUUCGAUGGAUACUACAACCACGGCAACAACGUCAAUUCCUACAUCGACGUCAUAAUCAUCCUCGUCAAAACAAUUGCCUUCAUCAUCAUUCAUGGAGCUUGAAUCAUCUGGAAUCAAUAUA